AAACAAAUAUGGUAAACCAUGACCAGGGGCCUGUUGCACAAAAGUAGAAUUAAGACAUCCGGGAUAAAUGACUCAGCUGAGCUCAAUGAAGCCAAAACAUGUGCGUCCAGGCUUAAUUGGUUGCACAAAGACCAAGCCAGGAUGAGCAGACACGGAUUCAUUAAGCCAGGUGAAACCAAUCCUGGAUAGGUGCGCGCUCACGGCUCACUCAAAUAGACCCCGCCACAGAUCACAGAUUAACUGAUUUACCAUGGCAACUAGAGCCGCGUACUUUUCCCCGUCGGAAGCACAAAUCCUCAUGGAGGCAUACGAGGAGGUAAAAGAUAUAAUUAAGAAGAAAGGCAACACCGCCACAGUGAUAAAGCAAAGAGAAAAAGCGUGGCAAAGUAUUGCAGACCGCCUGAAUGCGUAAGUAGUGCACAAUUACACACUCACCGCUCCGCUGAAACAUCACAAUUACAAUUCAAAUAUUUAAUUCACAUCUCCAAAAAUGCAGUUGUACUGUAAUUAUGAAACGGUUAAAUUUUUAAUUGAAAUGCACUGCAGAUAUGAGUGAAAUUGUGUAAAGUAACUCCAUCACACUGUAUAAAGCUAUGAUACAUUUUUUGAUAUUUUUACUGAAAACAAGACAAAAAUACCAAGUAAUUUUUGCAGUGUGACUCCAUUAAAUGUGUGUGUGUGUAGAUUAAACAUGAACGGGCCAAAACGGACAUGGCAGCAGGUCAAAAUCAAAUACAAGAACAUUCUGCAGAAUGCAGUGAAAAAGAAUACCCACAGACAAGGCACGGGUGGUGGGUCACCAAAGGCUGACCUUACCCCAGCAGAGGACAUGGCCUUGGAGCUAAAUAAAGGCAGGCCCGUCUUAGAGGGGAUCCCUGGGGGGAAAGAGACGAGCAUAGGUUCCUCCCAAGAUGCCACCCGCUUCAUUCAAGUGCCUGGCAGCACUGUGUUCCUGUUAGAGCCACCAGCACAAGCACCAGACGAUGCUGAUCCAGGUGAAGGCCCCAGUGCAACAGCACAUGAUGGAGACGAUGAUGAGGAGGAGACCAUCUCUCUGGAUUCCAGAAGGCAUGAGGACCCAGAUGCUAUACAGUGGGAAAACCAGCCUGGCAACAUAAGCUCACAAGCUAUCAGAAAGUUGUAUGGCAACCACCUCCGGCGCCAAAUAGAACUGGCAGACAUAGACAUUCAGUACAAGAAGAAAAAGAUGGAAAAUCUUGCACUGGAGUCCGAAAUAAAAAAGAGGACAAUUAGGAAACUGGACCUUGAAAUAAAAAAACUUGAGAGGGAGCUCCAAGAAGAUGACACAGCUCAAAAUAAAAAUUAGGUAUAUUCUCGUAAAGUCAAGUGAGCCAUGACAUAUGAGCUCUUAUUGUGA